AGGUCACGUAGCUGUCGCUCUAGCGUCUGGCCGGGGAGGGGGCGCCCUCCCCGGCAGCAGCCCGAGCCCUCCUGCGCGCGUUGCGGCUCGGAAACAGUUACCCGCUGGUAAACAACAGCUGCGCGCGCAUCCUCAUCAGCUGGCGCCGGCAUCCCGCACCUGCGACCGCCUCCUACCCUCAUCCUCGCCGCUCCCUCCUGCUCAGCCGGAGCCAGCCUGCGAGGCCGGCUCCUCUUCUCUUAGGACCUGAAGGAAGAGCAGCAAGGCGCUGACCUUGCGCCCGGGCCCUGGUAGGGGAGAAAGCGCCUCCGGCAAAGGGGUGGCCCGUCCUGUCAAACGCAGAAGAAACCCGGCGAGCCGACCGGGGACUUGAUGGACUAGCAGCGACCUGCCACGACCCAGAACUGCAGUCCGAGGAGUCUCAUCCACUAGCCGCCUCCUCCCAGAUCCCAGGGACCCUUCUGCCAGAAGAGCAGGCGGACCACCCCCGCAGACCUCUCGGAGGCAGGAAUCCGCUCUGCCCCUGCAGCCUCCUCUGCUCACCCUUCUCUCAUUCUCAUCCACCCGUAGUGUGCGAUAUUUUCCCCGUUAUGCGUGCGCACCUCUCCCUCCAAACCCCAGUGGAUUAUCGGCCUCAGAAACAUCGGGUGGCUCUACACACACCUCCUCCCAGCCAGACCUGUGGGGUAUUCACCUGAUACACAACAGGUGGCCGGGUGUACACCGUUUCGCAAUCUAAUCUAUGCUGUUUUCGCUUGCUAAGUGUGGGCCUGUGCGCACUUUGCUCAACUAGCUGUGGGACAUUGACGGAUAAAGACUAACUACCUCGACCGAAACCUCAGGGUCGAGGGCAGCAAGGCUUCGUCACCUGCUUCUCUGAGACCAUGACACAGAGCCCGCAGCCCUGGACCAGGGCAGAUGACUAGAUAUCUCUUAAUUCUGAAGGAACGAAGUUACACGAGAUUGGCAUCCUUUUGACUUUUUUUUUUUCCUUAAAUAUUUUUCAGCUAUUGGUAGCACACUUUCUAGGACAGCCCCCUUCAAUUCUGAGUAGAAGGAUUCUGAUUUGGGGCUUUUUUGGGUGGUGUAAAUCAAGAAACCACCACCAAGAUGGCUUCAGUUCGGUUCAUGGUGACACCAACGAAGAUCGAUGACAUUCCAGGUUUGUCAGACACCAGCCCGGACCUCAGCUCUCGAUCCAGUUCCCGAGUAAGAUUUAGCUCCCGGGAAAGUGUGCCUGAAACAAGUCGUAGUGAGCCUAUGAGUGAGAUGUCUGGAGCCACCACUUCACUGGCAACCGUUGCACUGGAUCCAGCCAGUGACCGGACUUCUAACCCCCAGGAUGUUACUGAGGACCCGAGUCAGAACUCCAUCACAGGGGAACACAGCCAGCUGUUAGAUGAUGGGCAUAAGAAAGCUCGAAAUGCUUAUCUUAACAAUUCCAAUUAUGAAGAAGGAGAUGAAUAUUUUGAUAAAAAUUUGGCACUCUUUGAGGAAGAAAUGGACACCAGACCGAAGGUGUCUUCUCUCCUCAACCGCAUGGCCAAUUACACUAACCUGACACAAGGAGCAAAGGAACAUGAAGAGGCGGAGAACAUCUCCGAGGGGAAAAAGAAGCCCGCCAAGACCCCGCAGAUGGGUACCUUCAUGGGUGUCUACCUCCCAUGUCUACAAAAUAUUUUUGGAGUGAUCCUGUUUUUACGCCUCACGUGGGUGGUGGGCACAGCUGGAGUUCUGCAGGCCUUUGCAAUUGUCCUUAUCUGCUGCUGCUGUACAAUGUUGACCGCUAUCUCCAUGAGUGCCAUUGCCACAAAUGGAGUGGUGCCAGCUGGGGGCUCAUACUUUAUGAUUUCCCGAGCACUGGGCCCAGAGUUUGGUGGGGCUGUUGGCCUCUGCUUUUAUCUUGGUACCACAUUUGCAGCAGCCAUGUAUAUCCUUGGUGCCAUUGAAAUUUUUCUGGUGUAUAUUGUCCCCCGAGCUGCCAUCUUUCGUAGUGAUGACGCGCUCAAGGAGUCGGCCGCCAUGCUGAAUAACAUGCGUGUCUAUGGCACGGCCUUCUUGGUCCUCAUGGUAUUGGUGGUGUUCAUCGGCGUGCGCUAUGUGAACAAGUUUGCCUCACUCUUUCUGGCCUGUGUCAUUGUGUCCAUCUUGGCCAUCUAUGCUGGAGCCAUCAAGUCUUCUUUUGCCCCUCCACACUUCCCGGUCUGCAUGCUGGGUAACCGCACCCUUUCAUCAAGACACAUUGAUAUUUGCUCAAAGACCAAGGAAAUUAACAACAUGACAGUACCUUCAAAGCUAUGGGGCUUCUUCUGUAACUCAAGUCAGUUUUUCAAUGCUACCUGUGAUGAAUACUUUGUUCACAAUAAUGUCACUUCAAUCCAGGGCAUCCCUGGAUUGGCUAGCGGUGUUAUUACAGAGAAUCUUUGGAGUAAUUAUCUACCAAAGGGAGAGAUCAUUGAAAAGCCCUCAGCCAAAUCUUCUGAUGUCUUAGGCAGUUUAAACCACGAGUAUGUCCUUGUUGACAUCACCACCUCUUUCACUCUUCUGGUGGGGAUCUUCUUUCCCUCCGUCACAGGUAUCAUGGCUGGAUCAAACAGAUCUGGAGAUCUGAAGGAUGCUCAAAAGUCUAUUCCCAUUGGCACUAUCCUUGCCAUCCUGACUACCUCCAUUGUCUAUUUAAGCAAUGUUGUCCUUUUUGGUGCAUGUAUUGAAGGCGUUGUUCUCAGAGACAAGUUUGGGGAUGCUGUGAAAGGUAAUCUGGUGGUGGGUACCUUGUCCUGGCCGUCCCCGUGGGUGAUUGUUAUUGGCUCCUUCUUCUCCACGUGUGGGGCUGGACUUCAGAGUCUCACUGGUGCACCGAGGCUGCUACAGGCUAUAGCCAAGGAUAACAUCAUCCCCUUUCUGAGGGUUUUUGGUCACAGCAAAGCCAAUGGGGAACCUACCUGGGCUUUACUUCUAACUGCUGCCAUUGCAGAGCUGGGAAUCCUUAUUGCCUCCCUGGAUCUUGUGGCCCCAAUUCUUUCCAUGUUUUUUCUCAUGUGUUACCUCUUUGUGAAUUUGGCAUGUGCCUUGCAAACAUUACUUCGAACACCCAACUGGAGACCCCGUUUCCGCUAUUACCACUGGGCCCUCUCUUUCAUGGGAAUGAGUAUCUGUCUGGCUCUGAUGUUCAUUUCUUCCUGGUAUUAUGCCAUUGUAGCUAUGGUAAUAGCUGGUAUGAUCUACAAGUACAUUGAGUACCAGGGAGCUGAGAAAGAAUGGGGUGAUGGCAUCCGGGGGCUGUCCCUCAGUGCAGCCCGGUUUGCUUUGCUUCGGCUGGAGGAAGGACCUCCACACACUAAAAACUGGAGGCCUCAAUUGCUUGUGUUGCUGAAACUAGAUGAAGACCUUCACGUCAAGCAUCCUCGCCUCCUCACCUUUGCUUCACAACUUAAAGCAGGAAAGGGACUCACUAUUGUGGGCUCUGUCAUCGUGGGGAACUUCCUGGAGAACUAUGGGGAAGCUUUAGCUGCUGAGCAGACCAUAAAGCACCUAAUGGAGGCAGAGAAGGUGAAAGGAUUCUGCCAGCUGGUGGUGGCCGCCAAGCUGAGAGAGGGCAUUUCCCACCUCAUCCAGUCUUGUGGCCUCGGGGGCAUGAAGCACAACACAGUGGUGAUGGGAUGGCCAAACGGCUGGCGCCAGAGUGAAGAUGCUCGAGCUUGGAAGACUUUUAUUGGCACAGUUCGAGUGACAACUGCUGCCCAUCUGGCCCUGCUGGUGGCUAAAAACAUCUCCUUCUUCCCCAGCAAUGUGGAGCAGUUUUCUGAGGGCAACAUCGACGUGUGGUGGAUCGUGCACGAUGGCGGGAUGCUCAUGCUGUUGCCGUUCCUGCUGAAACAGCACAAGGUGUGGCGAAAAUGCAGCAUACGGAUCUUUACAGUAGCCCAGCUAGAAGACAACAGUAUUCAGAUGAAGAAGGACCUGGCCACUUUCCUGUAUCACCUUCGCAUUGAGGCAGAGGUGGAAGUGGUAGAGAUGCACGACAGUGACAUAUCGGCUUACACUUAUGAGCGUACCCUGAUGAUGGAGCAGAGGUCCCAGAUGCUCCGGCACAUGCGGCUUUCCAAAACAGAGCGGGACAGAGAGGCACAGUUGGUAAAAGACCGGAACUCAAUGCUGCGAUUAACCAGCAUUGGCUCUGAUGAGGAUGAAGAGACUGAAACCUAUCAGGAGAAGGUGCACAUGACUUGGACAAAGGACAAAUACAUGGCAUCCCGGGGGCAAAAGGCCAAGUCAAUGGAAGGAUUCCAGGACCUGCUUAACAUGCGUCCGGACCAGUCCAAUGUGAGGCGGAUGCAUACGGCAGUGAAGCUCAAUGAGGUUAUAGUUAACAAGUCCCAUGAAGCAAAGCUGGUUUUGCUGAAUAUGCCAGGGCCACCUCGAAACCCUGAGGGUGAUGAAAACUACAUGGAGUUCCUAGAAGUGCUCACUGAGGGACUAGAGCGAGUCCUUCUUGUCCGAGGUGGUGGCAGUGAAGUGAUCACCAUUUACUCAUAAUCUACUUCUGAAUGACUCUCCUUGGCCUCACCUUUCCAAAAAGGCUUCCCUCCUCCACAAAAGUGCCAGCUCUUUAUUACCACUCCCAUCAAGUAGAGACCUGUGUUCUGUACACAUUGUGCUGAACUUUUAACGAGCUGAAUGAGACUCAAGUACUUGUGCAGGAAAGUACAAAUAGAUCUGCUCUCCGCUACCACAUGAUCUGCUAUCCUUACAGAAGCAGCAAAUACUCCCUCAACACCAGAAGAAUGCUCAAGUCCUAAAACCCAUGUCUGUACCAGUUGAAAGCAAGUUAGAAUUAACACGCUAAACCAAUAAAAUGAAUUGGUAAAAGGGAUGCUGCGAGUUCAACUGAAGACAAAAAGCAAGUACACAUCUAAGAAUAAGGAUAAGUCUCAGAAGUCAUGGUUCAAUGAUGACAUGAUGGGCAUAACAGCUAGAGACACAGCCUCAUCAUAUUAAAGAAUUCACGGCCAAGUAUAUGGGGACCUAACAUCCUUGUGGAGAUAACUGUGGCAAGCCAAAAUGAAAAUUUUCAUCAGUGCAUCCACUGCUCUCCAGGACUCUAAUUUUAUACAUAGGGUACUAAUAUGUAAAAACUGAAACAUGAAACUGCAGCCUCUACUUCCUCCAAAACAAGGUUCCCCCCAAAUAUGUUAAAGUACACACUGUUACUGUAUAUUUCAGCUGUUUCUCAAAACCCAUUCUGUGGUUAAGAUUGUAAUACAGGCACUGUUACCAUAGAAACGGUUUUUUAAAAGGUGGGGUAAAAAUUCUUUAAGGUUCUUUUCAAAUGGCCAAACUAAGGGAACUCCAAAAGGUAGCUAUCAAAAUUUACAUAAAUACAGUCUGGUUACCUAUGUGUGAUGGGCAUGAUACACAAGCUGUUAUCUAAGAAAUAUAAAUGAUGAUGCAUUUUGACCAAAAGCUUCUCCUUUCCUUCUCCCUUUAUGUCCUCUGGGUUACAGGCACAGAUCAAAAUCAUAGGAACAAACACUAGGAAGACUGGUUAAAAUCCUUCCUUAAAAGCUACGGACUACCCUUCAAAGGGGGAAUCCAGCAAUGGAAUUGGAAGUUGCGAGCCAUACUCCCUCCAUAGUGCCAAAGUUACUGAGCUGCUGCUGCUCUUCUUACCUACUUCACUAAAGUUGUAAAGCAUACAGUUGGCGCUGGCCUGAUUCAAGAAACUUCUUUAAGAAACCGGUGGACUAGUUUCCAAAGCCAUAGUGAAGACCUGAGGCAUACACCUCAGUGCUCAGAGUAGGAGCAUUUUUUUUCCUUUCAAUUUUAUUCUUCAUUUUGACUGCAGAAACUUGGAUCUGAACUAGACUACACAAGCCAACAGUCUAAUGCUAUUUCAGUUUUAUUUCAGAAAGCUCUAAAUUUGUCAAGGAAAUGCUUGUGCAAGUUUAGCUUUUUAUUUGCUAACAUAAGUAUCGCAAAACACCUGGCUUUCAAGCAUAAGGAAACCACCCUGUGUAGCUGAGUAGUAAUUCCAUAUAUGUGAAAUCUUCACUCUACAGGAUAGGGUAUUUACAGAAACUAUCUUGCCUGUAUUCAUGGCUGCUUUUGAAUUUCAUUUUAUUAAUGAUAAAUAAUGCCACUCCGUGAUUAUCAAUAGGAUAUGGAGCAGGCUGACCUGCUCCAUAGCCUGCAGACUAUUCAUCGGACCCUUAAGGACAGAGGAGAAAAACCCUUCAUUACGGCUUAAGAAAUUGAGUCAUUUGAUUUAUUCCCUUUGCUCUUCUUCCAACCUUCAGGCCAAGUCAGGUAGCAAAGCAGACAAGACCUUUUAAGUCUUUUUCCCUGCUGCUCUCUGCAGAGGGUAGAAGCAUUGUUUACAACAUUUACUGCAACACUCCAUUGCUUAAUUGAGUCCAGCAGGUCCCCUAGGGUCCAGGCUAUUAAAGACUCAUGCUAUAAAGGUCAGCGUGUCCAGGAAUUCCUCUACAUUUACACACACCCUCUGGAAAAAGUGAUAUUUAUAUAUUUUUCCAUAUAGAAAAAAUAAAGGCAGAAAAUAAGGUUACUUUCAGAAGAGCUUUUUGUGGCUGGAGCUCUGUAAGAAUCCUUUAAAAGGGUGGGGGAAUUAGUGGCUACUAAUACAGCCCCUACUUCCCCUAAUGCAAUCACUGUUACAUGGGGAACUAGUUACUAGGCCAGAUUUAAACUCAUCUCUGUCUAGAGCAUUUCAUGUCUCUGUGUUGCUUAUGUUGUCUGCAAAGUGUCUUGUCUCUUUUAAUCACUGCAAAUAAAGCAAUAAGGAAAACUUGAUGAGAAAAUGCACCUUAGGGGAAGGGGCUUUGUGUUUCAAGAAGGAAGAGAAAGGAAAGACCUCCUCCUGCUUUUUGAAUGAGAUCCAGCUUUUAAGUCUUAGCUAUGACUUUGCCAGGGCAGGUUAUGACAAUAUUCAUUCUCCAACUGUUGGCCUUCUGCCCUUUAUAGCUAUCUUAAAGGCUUAGGUGUGAAUUGCAGCAUCUGUUUUGACAGGUGUCAGGUUCCUCUUGGCAGGGGAAAGAUCACUACUUUGUAUCUUCCGUUGCCUCAGAUUCCUGUGGCCCCUAGUGAUCCCCCCAAUCCUCAUUCCCCCUAAACGUGUUAAAAUCCAUUUUUUGUGGAUAUUAAAGUAGCAAUUAAAAAAAAAUAAAGUAGCAAUUACACUGUAUUUUAUGUGCUUUUUUGGUCUGGUUUAUUUUUCAUCAUGUAUAAUCUGAAUCCAGCAUUAGUUUCUCCAACCUUCCACAAGUAUCUCCAACAGAAUUUUUAUGUCCCAGUUUGUGUUAAAUAGAAGUGAAAUAUUAAGGAGAAUAGAUUUAAGGGAAAGUUGUGAAACUUUUUUUUAAAGCAUUGUUCUCAACCAUUUAAUUUAUUAAAAGGAGAUGCUGCUGUGGUUCUUGAUUUAGCAACAACCAUUCUUUUGUUUACAUAGUUACGGUUUUAUUUCUUGUUUUGCUCUAUACUGGAAACAUAAAUAAAGUUUUCUACAUUAUUUUCA